AUGACGGUGAAGAAAGGCUCCUCAACCGCGAAGGUCGCUUCGUCAGCUGACACAACCCUGUGGGAACAGCUCUUAUCGCGAGGAGGUGGUCAGGCGUCUGCUGCCGCUGCUGUUACUACUGGUCCCGCUAGGGCCAAAAGCUCGAGCAGACCUGCUGUCCCCGAGACAGCAGGGAAGGCGACACCUCGUUCCGACAAGCUGCCCAAGAAGAAGCGCAAAGCUGUCGCCUCCGCAGAUCCUAAAGGGGUGGGUAACUUGCACAAGAGCAACUGGGCCAUGCUGGCUGCUGGAGGCGGCGCCACCGCAACUGCUGCUGCGGUAAGCAAUGGGCACGCAACCACCGACAAGAGCAAGAAGAAGAAGGCGAAACAGCAGGGUAGCGAGCGACCGCGAGCCGAGAUCGGGUCGAGCAACAGCAACGUCAUGGCCACCACCACGCCCAACUUCUUCUCUGUCAACCGGAAUACUGCCGUCUCUGGCUCCAGCAGCACCACCGGGGUCAGCGGCAAGGCCGGCAAGAAGCGUAUACGGACCGCCGGCGCCGGCGUCGGCAUAGGCGCGCUCACCGCGAGUACCAACGGCCAUGCUCCCAACCACGUUACCGGAGGCACGCGGGAGGAGCACCCAGGGGCGAACAAGAGCACCAAGCGGCCGCGCUCCAACGUCCUUAACCUCGCCUUCCAGGCACAAAAGGAAGAGGCUGCCGCCGCUGCCGCUGCCGCCGCCGCGGGCGGAGCGAAGCACACCGGCGGAGUCAAGGGGCGAGGGAAAAGGGGUGGGUCCGAGCAGGCGUUGACGGCGGCAGAAAAGGCGCAGUACGUGGCGCUGGACUGCGAGAUGGUUGGCGUCGGGCCUGGGGGCUGCCGGAGCGCGCUUGCGCGAUGUUGCCUCGUGGACUGGGACGGGGACACCAUCUACGACAAGCACGUGACCCCCAACGAGCGCGUUACAGACUUCCGAACCUUCGUUAGCGGCGUCAAGGCGAACCACCUCAAGGGAGGGGUGCGCCUCCGGCAGUGCCAGGAGGAAGUGGCGGCGAUUUUGAAGGACAAGGUUCUCGUCGGCCACGCUCUGACCAACGAUCUCAAGGCUUUGAUGAUGAGCCACCCCCCGCGCUCUACGCGAGACACGGCAACAUACCGACCGUACCAGAAGGCGCACGGUAAGGCCGGCGGCAAGCUGCGACCGAGGUCCCUCAAGCUGCUCUCCCAGGAACACCUCGACCGUCCCAUCCAGACAGGCCAGCACAACCCAGCGGAGGAUGCCAAGGCGGCCAUGGACCUGUACAAACUAGCGCGCUUCGAGUGGGAGAAGUCGCUGUCGGCGGCAGGAAAAAUGCGAGGCCGAAAGAGUUUUGUGGACCAGCAAGGGCCCUAAGAUGUUUCGGGCGCGGGAGUAGGCGUUCCAGUGGAGGGCGUUCAAUUUUCAGGGCAUGUGUGACGAUUUGUGUCUCUGCGUGAAACGAGUGGUCCCGAGGAGCGACAAGGUUCUGACGCAACCAAGUGUUGAAGAGGGAAUUGUCCUCGACAGACGUUGGGGAGAUUGUAUCUUCAUGAAGGUGGUCUUCUCACAAGGGUAGUGUGUACUUUGGAACAUGGCGCCAAGGACGUGACCCCCUUUGACUCGGCUGGAGUUGGGGUUGGGGCGCCGGCUGUUGCUUUCAAGAGACGGUGGCUCUCGAUUGCUCUGCCAUGUGUGCUGGGUUGUCCAUAUAUGUACGUGUGCGUUCUGGCGUGGAAUUUCGAAAAUGGGAAAGCUGUCUUACCU